GUUGUGGCUUACGUACUCGUUAUGUUAUAUUGCCUCAGCGAAGAAGGAAAAAGAACGUUCGCGCUGGAUCUUUAAAGCGACGCGUUAGGACAGCCUUUCGAUAUCCAACCAACCUCACACAGUGUUCAUAUACAGAAUAAAAGACACCGUCAAAAAUAAUUUCGUACAGAUUCAUAACAAACAACACGAUAUCAUGAAGGAGGAAAUCGCUUGCGCGUGCGAGUUCUUGUGCUCCAAACUUCGUUCGGACAGUAACAUAACCUUAACCCAAGGACAAUUGGAGACCUUUAGAACAGUCUUAAAUGAUCUGAUCGUCGACAAAUUCACAAAUCAUUGGUAUCCUAGCAAACCAAUCCGAGGAAGCGGUUUUCGUUGCGUGAACAUAGACAAGGACACGAAAAUCGUCGACCCAAUGUUGAUAAAAGCUGCUGAAGUAAGCGAUAUAACGAAGGAUAUAUUCCUUUCCGUGUUUCGUUUUGGGCUUGCGUUGUGGGUGGAUCCCGGAGACGUCUCGUAUCGAACUGGCCACAGCUCAAACGUAAUGUCCCUUUACAGAAGUGUUACGAACGUCAAAUGUACACCAUUGCCCGUGAGUUACCAAUUUCCCGUUUCGAAUCAGUCGCUGUACAAGCCCGUUUAUACCAAUGCCUUGGUUGUGAACGCAUUUGACCACCAAUGGAAGGGACAGAGUAAUACCAUCACAUACCCACAACUGACGAGCAAGCAACUAAAGCAAUUACAACGAGGUUAUAUCGACCGUUUCCACUGGAAAAGCACGAACUACUUUCCCAAGCAGGUCACUGAAGUUUACUGAGCAAUGCCUGUAAAUUUUUAAAUUGUUCAAUCAACGGAAAUUGUGAGAUAUGUUUAUAGAUUAGUGUUCGUAUUUUAGAAUACAUCAGGCACGCAUUCAAUAAUUCCAAUUAACAUUUGUAUAAAGCCAACCACGCUACGAAUUUUAUCUGUAUUAUUUUAAAUUGUUGGCUAUCGUUAGUGUUUCUUAUUCAAACUAUAUAUAUCGACAACAUGGACAAAACAAAGGCUGCAUAGCUAGAUAUUGUACAGUUAAUAUGUAUAUGUAUUAUAUGUUGAUCCGGAUACUAAUUCAUAUUUUUACUCAUUGACAUUUGGGGGCGAGUUUUAAAUGUAUAGACUAUAUAAGAGUAGAGAUAGAUAUUUUCAUGACACCAAAUAGAGAAUAUAUUUAUGCUAGAAAACCGAAAAGAAAUAAAUUUUCCAAUUUUAUUUGGUUCAGUAA